GGCGCGCAGGACCUCUUCAGCUAACCAUGGCGGCGCCCGGUGGAGUUCUGAACUGUGAGGACUUUUCACUAUUUCAGGAAGUAUUAAAAGUGAUGCGCACCAUAGAUGACAGAAUCAUUCAUACCCUGAACACUACAGUGCCCACUGCGUCUUUCUCAGGCAAAGUGGACGCCACACAGACCUGCAAAGAGCUUUAUGAAUCUCUUAUGGAGGCUCAUCUAUCCCGAGAUAAGGCAAUAAAGUCAUGUAUUAAAGAAACCUCUGCAGUCGUCAGUCAGUUACGUGAAGAGAGAGCCAAAGAUAGUGACAACUUGUCAAUUAUCAAGCAACUCCGGAAAGAACAAACUAAGUUAAAACUCAUGCAGUCUGAGCUUAAUGUUGAAGAAGUAGUCAAUGACAGGAGUCUGAAGGUUUUCAAUGAAAGGUGCAGAAUUCACUACACCCCUCCCAAGAUUAAGUGAAUGGUAGUUGUGUUGUCGACAUAAACCACACAGUUAAAUGAGGAAGACACCUGGAGCUGAGCCUGGAUGUGUCCGUCAGUAUCUCCACAAUCCCUCCCUCCUCAUCCAGUAUACGCUCUGUGUUUCUACAGUGAAGAGACACUACUGCUGUCCUGUAAACCUUUUCAUAUAAAUAUUGUACAAAACAGAUUUUAUAAACAAUGAAAUCUUUUCCAAUUGCUGAAA